AUGGCCAGUGAAUUGGACAGGAGUGAAACCAAUGAUAAGCUCCUGCAAAGUGUAUGGGCUAGUUUCAUCACCGGCGGUGCCCCAAGUAGCUGCAGUUCUGAUGAGUCCCACAAGAAGCAUGCAGCUUCCCAAGAAUGGAACGAAAUGCCUCAUCUUGAAGGAGGGGAAGAAAAUCUAGCAGUCCUACAGAGGCUUCCAAGCCUCGGCAGGUGGAUAUCCAUGGGAGCUGAAAGCUGGGAUGCACUGCUCAGUGAAACUAUAGCCUCAAAUAGCUGUGAAACUUCUCCUCUUUAUUCAGGAUAUGAUGCCUGCUCACUUUCAAAACCAAAAACUUUGGCAGCAGAAAAGGUUGCUCCCAAGCAUUUUAGAGGGGUGAGAAGGCGACCAUGGGGCAAGUUUGCAGCAGAGAUAAGGGACACCUCAAGGAAAGGGGCACGGGUUUGGCUCGGAACUUUCAAUACUGCAGAAGAAGCUGCCCUCGCAUAUGAUGAAGCUGCUUUAAGAAUGAGAGGACCACAAGCUCACCUUAAUUUCCCCAUGGAGAAAGUCACCAAGGCUUCAGAAGGUGCUCACCUUGAACAGGCCCUGGCAGGCACCACAAGUGGCACUGCUUGCCCGGUGGAUGGCUGCAUCAAGACAAAUCAUAAUCCAAGAAAGAGAGCAGCAAGGGAAUGGGACACUUAUGAUGAGGUUCCAGCUGAGCCACCAGCAUGGAAGAGAAACAGCAGCAUUGAAGGGAUGGGAAGCAAUCAAGCAGACAUUGUGGAGUUACAAGACCUUGGCAUCGACUAUUUAGAAAAUUUAUUGUCUUCUUUCUGAUAAAGAACAAGGGUCACAAUUAUUGUAGGCAUGAAAAUAAAUGAAAAUUCAUAUACCUGUUUAGCUAGUGUCAUGUGCAUGAAAUAGUAAAGUGAUGCUUAAACAUUUUUUCUCUUUGGACUGUCCAAAAAUGAGUACAGGUAGUUAAAACUUUUUACUGUAAUGGAUGUAGAUAAACAAAAAAUCUACAGUAUUUGAAGAGAAUAAGCAUGAUUCAUUCCUGUUUUUGUGCU